CUUGAAAUGAUAAAUUUGGGGUUGAUGGAAGUGAAACGACCGCCUUGUGAACAAACGGUUAGGAGCUGAACCCGCCAUGAAAAGCGACGGUAGGUCUCUCCUUCCGUCCACAGCCCGCUCUUCGCGGUGGACCCCUCGUCUCGCCACCCAGGAAACGCCAUUGUCCCGUCGCGAGCUUUCCACAGGUCGCCCCCCUUGAGCUUGCGUCUUCUAUCCUCCAUUCGCGUGGAGAAAGCUUAGGGAAGAAGAAGAAGAAGAAGAAGAAGAUGAGCGUCAUUGACAUCCGGUUCAGGGUCGACGCCAUUUGCAAGAGGUACGACAAGUAUGAUAUCGAGAAGCAGCAGAAUGCCUACGGCGACGACGCCUUCGCCCGCCUCUACUCCGCGGUCGAGUCCGACCUCGAUGCCGCCCUCGAGAAAUCUGAGAGGGCCGUGGUGGAGACAAACAGGGCUUCCUCGGCGGCUCUGAACGCCGAGAUCCGGAGGACGAAGGCCCGGUUGAUGGAGGAAAUAGCUAAGCUGCACAAGUUGGCUCAAAAGAAGGUUAAAGGGCUGUCUAAAGAUGACCUGCUGACUCGGAAUGAUCUGGUUCUUGCACUACAAGAAAGAGUUCAAUCCAUACCUGAUGGGACAAUUGCACCACGCAAACAAUCUGGAGGAUGGUCUGCUUCGACAUCUCAUGAGAACAACAUCAAGUUUGACUCUUCAGAUGGACAUUUGAAUGAUGGUUUCUUCCAACAAAGUGAAGAAUCAAGCCAAUUUAGGCGAGAAUUUGAAAUGCGGAAGAUGAAACAGGAUGAAGGUCUUGAUGUGAUAUCAGAAGGAUUAGAUACACUGAAGAAUCUGGCCCAUGAUAUGAAUGAGGAGUUGGAUAGACAAGUUCCUUUAGUGGAUGAGAUCGAUACUAAGGUGGACAGAGCAACAUCCGACCUUAAAAAUACAAAUGUCAGACUUAAGGAGACUCUGUUCAAGAUAAGAUCCAGCCGAAACUUCUUCAUCGACAUUAUUCUCCUUUGCGUUAUCCUGGGCAUUGUUUCGUAUUUAUAUAAUGUACUGAGCUAAUUUCAGAUGAGGACAAGAAUAGCAGAUUGUUUGAUCUCAUGAUGUAAGGUAAUAUAUGCUCAUGAGGACAAGCUUACUAAUAGAGUGGUUUAUUUGUCACGGAAGACCAUACGCCGCCAUAUUGUUUCCGUAUUUAACAUCUGGGUUUACCAAAUACAGGACCUCACUUUUCAUGCAACAGACCUCUGAUAUGAAAGAGUGAUUCUGAUUUUUAUCA